GCCAACUCCCUAAAAAAAACGCCAACCACCAGCGGAGAAGGAAGGAAGGAAAGCACAAGCAGAAGCAACCGAGCGAACGGCGACGACGACCCGAAGAAGAUGGUGAUGCCCACGGACCCUAUGCUAUGGCACAAGGUGGCCGCCGUCUCCGGGGUCGCUGCGCUUGGACUGGGCACCUAUGGAGCGCACAUGUUCCGCCCGCAGAACCCUAGAUACAAAGAGAUUUGGCAGACCGCGUCCCUGUACCAUCUCGUCCACACCGCGGCGCUGCUCGGGGCUCCCAUGACCAAGCGCCCCAACAUCUUCGGAGGCCUUCUGACAACUGGGAUUGUGCUCUUCUCUGGAACGUGCUACACUGUGGCUUACCUUGAAGACAGGAAGUUCUCUUCACCAGCACCGAUCGGUGGCUUUGCAUUCAUUGCUGCUUGGGCCAGCCUGCUCUUCUGAUUGUAUUGUGUUUUAUCGGGUGAAAACUAUGUCUACUUUACACAAGGCUUUGUAUCAGUCGCUCUAUUAGGUCAUGAUUGUACUGCUGUGGCACACAACUUUCUCAUACCUUUACAAAAUAAUUAGAAUAAAACAGUUCCCUUGAUGUUUCACACUUCCUCAUUUGUACAUCCUGCUUAACAGUCCGAUCAACUGCUCAUGCCAAUGAA